AGAGAGAGGGAAAAUCCAAAUCUAGACGUGCGCAUAUACAUAUAUAACAUAUAUAUAGACAUAUAGAGGCGCACGCAAACGUGUAUGUGUAGAGAGAGCGGUUUUGUUUUGGUUUUUGUGUAUCUCUGAAAAUAACUGAAAAAAACAUGAAUUGGAGCAAGCUGGUAUAGAUUUUCCUUCUCAUUUCCGGAUUUCUCUCACUUUAGUUCUUCAUCCGAAGAAUUCUGGUGGAAAAUUGAGGCGGAAAGCCAAAAUUAAUGCUAGAAUUGUUGUCAUAUAUAUGUCUCCGCAAAACCCCCAAAUUUUUUUCUAAACCCCUUCCCUCUCUCUCUCCGACGGCGGAAAAAUGAGAAUUCGCUUGGAGUUUUAAGCUGGAAUGGGAAAGCUGAGCUCGGAAAUCGACGUUUCGGCGUCUCCUCCGGCUGAUCCGGCGUUGAUCAGUGAGGAGUGCUUGUCUGCGGCGGAGCAAGUGCUGAAUUGCGUUCACCCCACGCUCGACUCGGAGGAGAAGAGGAGAGACGUCGUUGAGUUCGUUCAGCAGCUCGUCAAGACUCGUUUGAAUUGCGAGGUUGUUCUGUAUGGGUCAGUGCCACUGAAGACGUACCUACCAGAUGGUGAUAUUGAUCUGACCAUCCUAAAGGGUCCGAAUGCGGAGGAGUCUUUGCCCCAUGAUGUUCUCGCUCUUUUAGAGGCUGAAGAGCAGAAUGAAGAUGCUGAGUUCCGAGUAAAGGACACUCAAUUUAUUGAUGCUGAGGUCAAACUUGUUAAAUGCUUUGUGCAGAACAUUGUGGUCGAUGUAACCUUUAAUCAGCUAGGUGGACUUUCGACACUCUGUUUUAUUGAGCAGGUGGAUCGUCUCGUUGGGAGAAAUCAUGUCUUUAAACGCAGUAUUAUCCUGGUUAAGGCUUGGUGCUAUUACGAGAGUCGUAUACUUGGGGCACACCAUGGGUUACUUUCGACAUAUGCUUUGGAAAUUCUUGUCUUGUACAUAUUCCAUUUCUUCCAUUCAUCGUUAAGCAGUCCUUUGUCGGUUCUCUAUAGAUUUCUCGACUACUACAGUCAGUUCGAUUGGGAUAAUUAUUGCAUCAGUUUGAAAGGUCCACUUCAUAGAUCAUCUCUACCUGAAAUAGUGGUGAAGAUGCCUGAACAUCGGUGCAACCGUCUGUUGCUUACUGAAGAAUUUUUGAACAGAUCCAUGGAACUGUUUUCAGUUCCUUCUAGGGGACUUGAUGCAAACCCGAAAACAUUUCAGCCAAAAUAUCUGAAUAUUAUCGACCCACUGAAGGAAAACAAUAAUCUCGGGCGCAGCGUACACAGAGGCAAUUUCUACCGCAUAAGGAGCGCAUUGAAGUAUGGUGCUCACAAGCUCGGACAGAUUCUCGUACGCCCAAGAUGUGAAGUUGGAGAUGAAAUCCGUAAGUUUUUCUCUAAUACCCGCGCAAGGCAUGAGCAUCAACAUAGAAGUGUCCCUAGAACUCUGGCACUAGAAUUUAGCGAUGAAGAGUCGUUGACUGCAUCUUUAUCAUCCCCGAUUGAUCUGUUAUCUGACGACGACGACAUGCUUGCAAAGUCCUCCAUCAGUGAUUUUGAGGACGAACGUAUCUCUGCUGAACACUCGAGGAAGGAAGUUUCUCCUGGGAUGACAUCUGAAGAUUGCGAUUCGAGGAAUAGCAAGCCAGAUUAUGCAUUAUGCUACAGUAAUGGCGGGUCUUUGCCCGAGAAUCAUUUCCACAAACUGCAUUAUCUCGCCUCAAGAUCAUCUGCAGAAAGUAGAGUCUCGGAGGGGUUUGGCUUCAAUCCUUGGUUCAAGAACAGAGAAGAACACGUUCGAAUGGAUAAUACGUUUCAAUGGUGUAUGGACAACCACGAAGCUGCCUGCAGCUGCAUUACUGGUUCUAAUUCGACUUCAAAGGCAAGCGUUAUUGAAACUCCAUCUCUUGAUUUUAGAGAACUGGACUCUGCAAGCGUGGGAGGCGAAUCAGAAGCUUUCAAUCCACUGGCCGAUUUAACUGGAGACUAUGACAGCAACAUCAGGAGCUUGCUUCGCGCCCAGCUCUGCCAUGGGUUUACGUUAUCUGCAGCAUCUGCCAAAAAUCCUUCAUCACCAUCACCCGCUUCAGAUAUUCAGAAAAGGCCAUGGGAAGUUGUUCAUAAAUCAACAUUGCUCGAGGAGAAGGAGUUCCCCAAAAUAGAUUUACACUUCAUGCCCACGGACCACGUUAUGUAUGCUAGCUUUGAAGGGACAGACAAAUCUCGAGGACUUGGCACCUACUUCCCCGAUAUGAGUACUUAUUACAUGGAGAAGCCUUCCCACUGGAGGGGAAGGAGUAAUUUCCCGGGUAUACAAAACCACCACAAAUACGGCCACAGCAACGGCUCAAAACCUUCUGUCAAUUCACAUUGUUCCAUAAACGGUAACCACGACGUUCUGCCCACACGGAGAGGACAUCCAGGAGAAAGCAAGAGAUCAGAUGUGAAUUGCCAAUCGCCCCGUGCAGCCGGAGGCGGGAAAUCGAUCAAUGGGCGUAUAACCACAUCAUGCACAAUCGAGUUUGGCUCCGUUGGGAACCUUGCAGAACAGGUCAUAUCAAGCUGCGCCUCAACGGAACCAGAUGGAGGAAGGGUUGCAGGGCGGGCGAUCCACCUGAAGAAUGAAGACGAGUUCCCUCCGCUGUGCCUGUGAACUGAGUGUCGUCGUUCAACUUGUACAGUAGAGGCGAUGUGGAUUCAGACGCUAACAAAAACGGCUUGACUUUUAGGCAGCCAUAACCGCUUGUAUCUUAGGUCCUGUUACGAUACUUACGGGAUGUGAUACAGUGGUAGAGCGUUCGGUUCAGUUGUUUGAACCUAGCUCAGCUGAGCCAUCGUUUCCGAUGAACUAAGGCCAGGUUUGGUGGUGAACUAUCAUUCAUACACCAACUCCUAAUUUCUUGUUAUCUGUGACAUGACUGGAAAUUUGGUGUUCUAAUCUUCUAUCUAUUUUAUCAAAGAGGCAGUUUUCAGUCA